AUGAAUCUAAUCAUAACCAUUCUAGUUAUUACAGUAACUCUAUCCCUAAUCCUAGCAAUUGUAUCUUUCUGACUACCACAAAUAAACCCAGACGCAGAAAAACUAUCCCCAUACGAAUGCGGGUUUGAUCCACUAGGAUCUGCCCGACUACCAUUUUCCCUACGCUUCUUCCUAGUAGCAAUCCUAUUCCUACUCUUCGAUCUAGAAAUUGCCCUCCUCCUCCCACUGCCCUGAGGAGACCAACUCCACAACCCCACCGGAACAUUCUUCUGAGGCACAACAUCCCUAAUCUGAAUAACUCUCGGCUUAAUUUCCGAAUGAAGUCAAGGCGGUCUAGAAUGAGCAGAAU